AUGAAUCCGACCUCCUUCAUUCAUGGCUUGUCCAUUGCUUCACUCGAACGUCCUUAUGGCUUUGAUCUGUGGCCCAUAUUCGACAGCGCCUUUGAGGCUGUCGUGGGCUACUCAGCCAACAGCUUCCGGUUCGUUGAAGGUCAGACACCUUUAUCUUCACUGAAGGAGACCUCCGCCAUCCUUGUUCUAUACUAUACAGUUGUCCUGGGAGGACGAGCCCUUAUGAGCCAACGAGACCCACUGCAAUUGAAAAGGCUUUUUUUGAUCCACAACCUCUUCCUCAGUAUCAUCAGUGCCAUCCUUCUGGCGCUUUUUCUGGAACAGAUAGUGCCAACAAUUGCGGAGAGUGGACUGCGCUGUGCCAUUUGCAAUCUUGAGGGUGGUUGGACCCAGCCCAUGGUUGUACUGUACUAUAUGAAUUACCUGAUUAAAUACUUCGAGCUCUUGGACACGGUCUACUUGGUUUUGAUGAAGAAGCCUCUCACUUUCCUUCAUUGCUACCAUCACGGCGCAACCGUCUUCCUAUGCUAUACUCAGUUGAUCGGAACUACGGCUAUCUCCUGGGUUGUAAUUACCCUGAACCUGGCUGUCCAUAUUGUCAUGUAUUGGUACUAUUUCCAGGCUGCGCGAGGUAUCCGCAUUUGGUGGAAAGCAUGGGUGACUCGAGGCCAGAUCCUUCAAUUCGUGAUUGCGUUGGGCUUCAUCUCCUACGGUUCUUUCUUUGUAUAUUUCCCUCAGUACGGCUCAUGUGUCGGGGCAGUGCUGGCAACGGCCACCGGAGACGUUGUGAUCAGCUCGUACCUGGUGUUGUUUGUGUUAUUCUAUCUGGAUACAUAUCGGAAAGACGGCAAAGGGCCUAGUGCCCGCAUAGCUGUACGACAUAUCUCCCAGGCACCAAUUUCGGAGCCCCAUCUGGUUGUGGCUGCUAUGUCCAGUGGGCACGAUAGCCGAAUCGAGACGGGAUUUCCUGGUAACGGUGCCCGAGCACGGACAGUGUACUAA